CACCAGUGUUGCCAAGUUCUCACUGCAUUCCAUACAUAUACGUGCGUUAGGAAUAGUUUACUCAUAAUAUGAAUAUAAUUUAGGAUUAUGAUUUUAAUUAAGUUAUUGAAGUCAGUCAACAGAGCAGGUGCGAAAUAAGCCAAAUCUGAAUUGCAAUAAAAAGUGCACAUGAGUGAGUGAAUACGAGCGACGACGACGCCAAAUAAUAAAGAGGCAUAAUCCGCUGGUAUUGUGUGAGAGAAAGGGAGAGGGAGCAGGAGAAGAAGGAGAGGGCGAUUUGCUAAUUUAUUGUGCGUUCGUUGUGUGUUGACUGUCAGUGUGACAUUAAAAUAGCUUUGUAAUUGAAAAUAUUUUUCAUACGCACAGCAUAAAGAAGUCAUAAUAUCAACAAAUUAUCAACUCAAGCAAAAGUUCCACGGUGCUUCCAACACAGCAGAAGCAGCAGCAACAACAACAACAACAGCAGCAACAACAAAAACUCGGCCUCUCUGUCUGACGUUUAUGCCUUGCCGCCUUCACAAACGAAUAAAUCGCUGAUAAAAUACAUGCAUUAAAAAAGCAACGCCGGGAAUUAAAUAACAAGUAACAAACUAAGUAAAAAAAAAACGAAAAAACAACACUAAUAACAAUAGGGAGCUUAUCACACAAACAUACAUACAUACGCCCGCAGCAUCAGCGACAGCCAGAAGAACAACAGUUUAUCAUACUAUUUAAGCAACCGGCGGCAGCAACAACCAGAGGGAGCGAGAGCGAGCGAUAGGCACACGCCAGUGUAUGUGUGUGGGUGUGUCUGUGUGUGUGUGGGAGCAAGGCACAGGCACGACAAAUAACAACAAUAACACCAGCAACAAUAAUAACAACAACAACAACAGUAACCGCAGUAACAGAUACGAAUUUUUUUUGCACAAAUUUUUGCAUUGUUCAACGUUGGACGGCAGCGUCAUCUCUGUUUAACUGUAAUUUACAAAAACAACUGAGGCACCAGCAGCAGUUACUCCAAAAUGGCACGCCACUUUGAUCAUAUGUUCAAGUUGCUUAUAAUUGGCGACAGCGGUGUCGGCAAAUCCUCGUUGCUUAUACGCUUCUCAGAUGACACAUUCUCGGGUAGUUACAUAACAACAAUCGGCGUGGAUUUCAAAAUCAGGACCGUGAUGAUCGAUGGGCUGCGUGUGAAGCUGCAAAUCUGGGAUACGGCUGGACAGGAGCGUUUUCGCACAAUCACCAGCACCUACUAUAGAGGAACGCAUGGGGUGAUUAUCGUCUACGAUGUGACGAAUGGCGAUUCCUUUGCGAACGUUCGUCGCUGGCUAGAGGAGAUUCAAAACAAUUGCGAUGUGGUGAACAAAGUAUUAGUGGGCAAUAAGAAUGAUGAUCCGGAUCGUAAGGUGGUCAUAACGGAGGAUGCGGAACGCUUUGCGCGACAAAUGGAAAUACAAUUGUUUGAGACAUCCGCCAAAGACAACCUCAAUGUGGAGGAUAUGUUUCUGUCGAUAACGGGACAGGUGCUAAAGCACAAGCUGCGCACCGCCGCCGAGGAUCAGCCAAAGGAUCGCAUUCACAUCACUGGCAAAGGCAAGGGCAUCAGGAAGUCCAAUAAAUGUUGCAGUUGAAAGCGACGCUGUGGCAACAGAAGCAGCUGCAGCUGCAGCAGCAGCAGCAGAUUGAUGAUGAGGAAUGGUUUUGGUGGCGCGUAGUACAGGUUCAUAUGGCACACACUCUCUCAUACACACACACACACACAACCACACACAUAAUACACAAGACAAAUUUUUGUUUUUUUUUUGUUUUAAUUUUUGUAAUGCCUCAGAGCCGUAAAAGAAGUGUAAAGCGCAAUUAAUUGUAUUUAGCAAUUUAUAUACAUAUUAUAUACAUACAUGCAUAUA